UAUGUUUGCGCAAGAAAUACAGCCGGUCGGUGUCAAAUAAAAUUGUGGAAAAGUGCGUGAAAAAAGCGUGAAAACUUAAGAAAUUCGUGUGCCUAUCGAUGUCCACCCUCGCUAAGACAACCCUAGGGCUCUCCUGUGCAGUUUCACUGGGAAUCAUCGGCUAUGUCCACUACAAACAGCAAUUCGAUAGGGCAAAAUUGCACGAGGGUGUCCUCAAGGACGUGGAAAGACAACAAAUGAGAAAAUUGGAAAAUACCUAUAGACUGCAGGAGCAGAUAGAACUAACCCGGCAGCUGAAGAAGGAACUCGGGGAGCAGGAGAAGAAUUCCGGGGGUUAAAUCAUAUCUGAAGUCACUUCUUAUUACAAAUCUAUUCCCUGAGGGCCUCAAGAGCAUGUUUUUCUUCCUUCUAUGUAGGAAAAUUCUCAAUAAAACUAGUUUUUAGACAAAGAAAAAAA